ACGGUACAAGCUCAGGAUGUCCAGCAGCAUUCUUUUUGAAGAUAUGUUCAACGUGGAGUCUGUGGACUCCGCUAGAUACAACAAGGUUGCUCGUAUAACGGGGCAGUCUUCCACGUCGCAAGAGAUCAAAAUCACCUUGGACAUAAAUAGCGAGUUGUUCCCAGUGAAUGAUAAUGAUUCCUUAACUAUCGCAUUAGCAUCUACUUUGGGGAAUGAGUCGAGCAUGUUGACGUCCAAUGGAUCAUGGAGACCUCCUAAGCCAUCUGACAGAUCGUUGGCUGAUGACUACGACUACGUGAUGUAUGGAACCAUUUAUAAGUUUGAAGAGAGCGGAACCACGGACAAAAUGGCCGUUUAUAUUUCAUUUGGUGGCUUAUUGAUGUGUUUGGAGGGUGGCUACAGAUCGUUGUCCAAUUUGAAGCAAGAAAACGCUUACAUUCUCAUCCGUCAUUUUAAGGAAUAAAUAUGUACUAUAGAAAAUACAAUAAUAUCUGGAA